AUGACCACGAGACAAAAUCUUGCCCGUUGUUAUGUGAGGGAGAGAAAGUUCAAAAAUAAUUCCCUGCUCUUGAUAAUAACGAUAAUAGUAUGCCUGUUAAGUUACAAGGCUCCGACAACUACUGCACUUUAUUUUUAUUUGGAGGGUACAGAACAAAAAUGUUUUAUUGAGGAACUACCAAAAGACACACUUGUAGUUGGUAACUAUAAAGCUGAACUGUGGUCCGAAGAUCAAAAAGGUUUUUACGAGAAUCCCGAUCUUGGAAUUCAAAUCACAGUCGAUGAAUUAUUAGCUCAAGGACAUACGGUAGUAAAUCAAAAAGGGCCAAGUCAUGGCAGGUUCACAUUUACAGCAGUUGAGGCGGGGGACCACGCAAUUUGUUUUGCUGCGAAUGCGAGUGCAUGGUUUAGUUCGAUUCAAACUAGGUUAACUUUGGAUAUGGCUAUCGGUGAAACAACUAACGAAGAAGAGAAUGAUAAGGAACACUUUAGCGAAUUAGCACAACGCGUGCGUGAUCUGAAUAAUCGAGUAGCCGACAUUAGACGCGAGCAAAGUUAUCAGCGAGAACGUGAGGCCGAAUUCCGUGAUCAAUCCGAACUGACCAAUUCGCGCGUAGUCUACUGGUCCUUCGUCCAAUUGUUGGUCCUGGGAAUAACUUGUCUAUUUCAGAUGCGCCAUUUGCGAAGCUUCUUUGAGGCAAAGAAACUUGUUUGA